GAUUAUCUCUUAAGUCAUCUCUAAGCUAAUAGAGAUUAAGAGACAGCCUAAGAGAUGGCAGUAUUGUGACAUUUAUCUUUAGAGUUCUUUAAGGAGACAUUAUCCAGUCUGUUACCAGCAUCCAAGAACUUCUCCACAUGAAGAUCACCGUGCAGUCGUCGAAGCCCGUCAAGCCCACCUACGUUAGCAGCCGCGGCGGCGGCGUUCCGUCUGCGGUGGCGGAAGCCGUCCUGCUCACCGUGUUCGACAAGGUCAACUACAACCAGUACAUCUCCGGUAUAAACUUCUUCCGCCCGCCGGUCCCACCCAACGCCGUGCUUGAGGCGGGGCUCGCCAGGGCGCUGGCCGAGUACCGCGAGUGGGCCGGGCGGCUCGGCGUGGACGCCAACGACAGCCGUGUGAUCCUACUCAACAACGCGGGCGCACGAUUCGUCGAGGCAACGGCAGACGUCACGCUCGACUCCGUCAUGCCGCCGGAGGCGUCGCCGGAGGUGCUGAGCCUGCACCCGGACGGCACUGGCGCCGAGGAGCUGAUGCUGGUCCAGGUCACGAGGUUCGCAUGCGGCUCCGUCGCCGUCGGCCACACCAUGCAUCACAUCGUGGCCGACGGACGUGCUGCCAGCAACUUCCUGCUCGCGUGGGGCCAGGCCGCCCGCCGCGCCUCCUUCGACCCCGUCCCGGUGCACGAUCGGGCAUCCCUCUUCGUGCCCCGGUGCCCGCCACGGGUCGAGUUCGACCACCGGGGCGUCGAGUUCAAGCCUCGCGGGGAGAAGAAGGGCAGAGGUAACGACGUCGACGACGAAGUGGUGGUUCACAGGGUGCACUUCAACCAAGAGUUUCUCUCCGAGCUGAAGUUACUGGCGUCGGCGGGGGCGGCGCGGCCGAUCAGCACGUUGCAGUGUGUGGCGGCGCACCUGUGGCAGUGCAUCACAAAGGCGCGUGGGCUCGACGGCCGCGAGGUUACCAGGCUGCGCGUCGCUGUGGACGGGAGAGCGCGGAUGAGCACCCCGCGAGUGCCAGCGGGGUACACCGGAAACGUUGUCCUCUGGGCAUGCCCGACCACUACCGCGCAGGAGCUGACGGCCACGCCACUGCGGCACGCAGUAGAGCUCAUCAGCCGGGAGGUGAGCCGGAUCGAUGACGCCUACUUCAGGUCGUUCAUCGACUUCGCGAACUCCAUCGCGGUGGAGGAGGAGGACCUAGUGCCGACGGCAGACGCGGCGGAGACAGUGCUGAGCCCGGACGUCGAGGUGGACAGCCUACUGCAUGUCCCGUUCUACGACCUGGACUUCGGCGGCGGCCCGCCGUUCUUCUUCAUGCCCAGCUACCUGCCGGUCGAGGGCUCCGUCUUCGUCGUGCGGUCUUUCUCCGGUGCCAGGGGAGUGGACGCCUACGUGCCUCUCUUCAGCCGCGCCGUGGACACCUUCAAGAACUGCUGCUACUCCCUCGCAGUGGACGCACGGCUUUAGGUAGUCUAUCUGGUGCUGGCUAGCCCUCUUACAUGCAUCCACGCUGCCGAUCGUUCGAAUUGUUGCCUUGGUAGUGUACGACGGUAUUUUACCAUGUAUAUUUACGA